AUGAGGGCGGGGGUGGCGGCGGCCGGGCAGCGGCCCCCCAGCUCGGGGAUCCCGGGCUCCCGGGGCACGUCGCGCCUGCGCCCGCCCGCCAUCCUCCAGCCCGCGCAGCACAGCACGCAGGUUGGGCUCAUCGAGGCGCAGAAGCGGGUCGUGGACCUGGAGAAGAGCCUGCAGUUCCUGCAGCAGCAGCACUCGGAGACACUGGUCAAGCUCCACGAGGAGAUCGAGCACCUCAAGCGGGAGAACAAGGAUCUCCAUUACAAGCUAAUAAUGAAUCAGAAGCCAAAGGAAGGCAGCACUUCCAAUUCCAGCUUUCAGUCCAUCAAGUCCGUCUCAAAUUCGACCUUGUCAGCCAACUCUCAAGGAAAGGCCAGGCCCCGGCCCAGCUUCUCCAAGAAGCAAGACUCAAAAACUGACAUUCCUCCGAAGACGGACCUGGAAGAGAAGACCCCAGCUGCUGCCCUGUUUCACAACAGCAAGCGGGACCAAGCCCCAGGGGUGCAGGGGCAGGCCAAAGAGGAAGAAGGGGAGACGUCCAGUGCCGCAGCCCCCUGGGUGGCAGGCAGCCAGCACAAGGGCAAGCAGGCCCCCGUGAUGAAUCUGCCCCUGCACCUGCGCAAGCCCACCACGCUUCAGCAAUGCGAAGUGGUCAUCCGCCAGCUGUGGAACGCCAACCUCCUGCAGGCCCAAGAGCUGCAGCACCUCAAGGCCCUCCUGGAAGGGAACCUGAGGAGGCCCAAGGCUGCAUCUGAGGAGGCCGGCCCCAGCUCUCCCAAGGACCAGGAGGCCCUUCACCAGGGAGCCAUGCAGCUCCCCAAGGUCCCCACCAAGGGCAUCCCCAAGAAAUGCCUGAUUCUGAGCCCUAUGCCCGUGGCAGAGCGCCCCAUCCUGCCCGCGCUGAAGCAGACCUUGAAGAGUAACUUUGCUGAGCGGCAGAAAAGGCUGCAGGUGGUGCAGCGCCGGCGGCUGCACCGCUCUGUCCUUUGAGGCGGGCGGCACGUGUCGGCGUCUGCAUGCCAGGUCAGGGCCAGGCCAAUGCCCUACAGCUGGAGACGCUAACCCUCUCUAGACAGCACUUCAAAAGAAUUCGAACACGUUUAGGCCGCGCGAAAUUCCAGAUAAGCAAAGUUCGUGGCCGAUAAAGUACUUGGUUGCUCUCAGAACCGAGACACUAUUUUCUUGCUCGGUAUUUUGCUAUUCUGCAUUUACACAAAAACACGUUAAAUAAGUAUUACCCUACCCGUUGAAGACUGGAAAUAAAGCUCGUUUCUCCACUUGUGAA